CAUCCGGGUCUUUCUCCAGUCUGUAAUGUAACAUGGCGGGUGUUUGCCUCAAGUGAUUAUUACUCGAAAUAAGUGCUUUUUAUCCCUUCAGAUGGUGAUUUUAAGACUUUGGCAUGCUUGUUAAUGCCAAGAAAAUAAUCUAGUUGUGAAAGAUGCAGAAUGUAGUACAGGGACCUGUCGCCGACAGCGAGAAAGAGAGCUCAAUACUGGAGGGUGCGAAGGCUGACUCCACCGCCACCUUGAGACCACCAACCCCGGAUAAAUGCCAAACGUAUGCGGACCUACAAGAUAAAUUUUUCACAGUAUCGGGAGAAUCAGAUAGCGAAGAGGGUGACGAAUCGGAGGUGGAGCCGUUUGCCUUGGGUGAGGGGGAGGGGGAGGAGGAGGAGGAGGUGGGUGGAGCAGCUGGUAGCGUACACAACAAGUUCCUGUUGUCAACCGCAGCCCAUGCUACUGCCACUACACCGGACCUUAGUACUGCCUCGCCACACCAUACUCAACCACAUUUUGAUCCCGAUACUCAUUCACGGCUAGUGGCACUUUUAGAAGCUGCAGUUUCUUCAUCCUCAGACCCGGAAGUGCUACGUCGACUUACCUCCAGUGUUUCUUGUGCACUGGACGAAGCUGCAGCUGCCUUGACGCGUAUGCGCUCAGAGACAGUAGGUGGAGCAGCAGCAGCAGCAGCAGCGGCGGCGGCGGCAGCGGCAGCAGCAGCCACAGUGGGAGGAAGUAGCAGCAGCAGUAGCAGCAGCAGCAGUAGCAGCAGUAGUAGUAGCAGCAGCACACCUGGGGACGGACAGCGCACCUUGGUGGAAGCUUGCACGGACGGGGACGUACCUACGGUACGAAGGCUACUAGACGAAGGGCGGUCUGUUCAUGAGACCACAGAAGAGGGAGAGAGCCUACUGUCUCUUGCUUGCUCUGCAGGAUAUUACGAAUUAGCCCAAGUUCUUCUUGCAAUGCGUGCCAAUGUGGAAGACCGGGGCAUCAAGGGGGACUGUACUCCUCUGAUGGAGGGGGCCUCUGCAGGUCAUGUAGAAAUAGUCAAGCUGUUGAUUGCCCAUAAUGCUGAUGUUAAUGCCCAGUCAUCAUCUGGCAAUACACCUCUCAUGUAUGCCUGUGCGGGUGGCCACACUGAUGUAGUUAAGGUACUGCUGCAUCAUGAUGCCAAUGUAGAAGAUCACAAUGAGAACGGUCAUACCCCACUGAUGGAAGCUGCUUCUGCUGGUCAUGUGGAAGUUGCCAAAAUUCUUUUGGAGAAAGGUGCAGGAAUCAACACCCAUAGCAAUGAAUUUAAGGAAUCUGCAUUGACUUUAGCAUGCUACAAGGGUCACUUAGAGAUGGUAAAGUUUUUACUUGAUGCUGGAGCUGAUCAAGAGCAUAAGACUGAUGAGAUGCACACUGCCCUCAUGGAGGCUAGCAUGGAUGGCCAUGUGGAAGUAGCACGCCUUCUCCUUGACUCUGGUGCUCAGGUGAAUAUGCCUGCCGACAGCUUUGAGUCACCCCUGACCCUGGCUGCUUGUGGUGGCCACACUGACCUUGCACUCCUGCUUUUAGAAAGAGGAGCAAAUAUCGAGGAAGUUAAUGAUGAGGGAUAUACCCCUCUCAUGGAGGCUGCCAGGGAAGGACAUGAAGAAAUGGUCACACUGCUGUUAGCUCAUGGUGCAGAUAUUAAUGCACAAACGGAAGAAACACAAGAGACUGCAUUGACAUUGGCAUGCUGUGGUGGCUUUCGAGAUGUUGCUGACCUACUCAUCAAGGCUGGAGCAGACCUUGAACUUGGGGCAUCAACACCACUCAUGGAGGCAGCACAAGAGGGACAUAGAGACCUAGUUGAAUAUCUGAUUGAUGCUGGUGCUAAUGUCAAUGCCCAGACAUCAACGGGGGAUACUGCACUUACUUAUGCAUGUGAGAAUGGACACACAGAUGUUGCUGACCUCCUGUUGCAAGCUGGGGCUAAUCUGGAGCAUGAGAGUGAAGGUGGGCGCACACCACUGAUGAAGGCUUGUCGGGCAGGCCACCUUUGUACGGUACAGUUCCUGAUUGUGAAGGGUGGUGAUGUGAACAAGACCACCACUAACAAUGACCACACACCACUCUCCUUAGCCUGUGCUGGUGGGCACGUUCCUGUGGUGGAGUUACUGUUGGUUCAUGGUGCUGACCCUCAUCACAAGCUCAAGGACAACUCUACCAUGUUGAUGGAGGCAAGCCGUGGUGGCCACACCAAGGUCGUGCAACUUCUCAUCGACUUUCCCAGCUCCAUUUCUCAUCUCCUUCCCGUGGUUGCCCCCCCACAUCCCAGUGUGACUGGUGGCAGCACAGGAGCAACAGGAGAUUUGACCAGUGGGCCCCUGCUGGAAGGAGAUCCACCACACCUCACCAUGGGUCUCACAGUGGUCCCCGGCUCAGAUCCUCAGACUCCCUUAGUGCUCAAUGCAACUCAACCCAUAUUUAAUGAUAUUGCUCGACUAGGAGAUGGAGGACUACCAGGAGGAUCAACUACAGUCACUGGUACUCAAGCGUCGGUGACUAAGGUAAAUCGCAGUAAGACCAAUCGUAAACCUGCCACCACGUCUGUGUUACCUACCACCAUGACUCCUGGCCUUACCUCUCCCAUUGUUGCUACUACUGGGGACAAGACCAGCACCAGCGAGGCUCAAACCGCAAAAGCUACAUCUGCCAAUAAUGCAACCAAUAGUGAUUAUGUUCUAUUAACUCCGACCUCUCCAACUUCGCCUCCACCUGCAAAUCAGGAAGAGGCUAGUGCAAAGUUACGACCAUGUGAUCGUUUAGACCAGUAUGUAGACAACCUUGUAAGGAAGGCAGAGCAACCUCACCAAAAUCGUGAAGAGCAGAUCCUUCAAAAACAGCAAAUUCUCGAAGAGUUGCAAAGGGUGGAGAGAGAAUUGCAAGGGAAGGUAAUCCCUUUUGGUGGCAACUAUGAUAGCCCACGAAGCACCAGCAGCAGCAGUAGCUGUAACAGCACUGGCAUUACCACUAGCAGUAGUAUUUCUGUUGUGGGAAACAUUUGUAACAUGAGUGGGACAUCCAUCACUACCUUAGCAAGCGGCAGUACCAAUAGCAACACGAGUAAUGUCAUCAAUGCAGGAAGCACCUCUUUGGCAGCUCCUCUUGUUUAUCCUCCUGCAUCCUUGCAUACCCAUGUACCUAUUGCCACUCAUACUGUGGAAACUCAGACAGGCUUCCUUCCUGGCACUGGAUGGGCAAGUUUACCCCCAGGUGUAGUUAUGUCAGAAUUACCCCCAGUGGUGUCCCUGUAUGGUGGGGCAGCUUCUGCGGCACAGUUGCCAAUUUCACUUCCAGCUGAGGGAGCCCAAGUACCUUCAUCAAUGUUUCCUGGGGGAUCUUGCCCUCAAGAAACAGCCGGUUACUCGGCUUCAUCAGUGUAUCAUACUCCAGCUUCUCCACCUUCUCUUCCAACACACAAUAUUUCUUCUUCUGGGCCAGCAACUGGAAAUGUUCCUGUUUCGGAAAGACCUAAAAUGAUACCAUCAAAGAAGGCAGAUAAAAAGAAACUUCAACUCCAGCAGCAGAAGCAGCAACCAGUGUCUCAGCAGCAACAUAAUACCCAACAGCAGAUGAUGGUUCAGCGCAGCCAAGCUGUACAGCAGUUACAGCUUCAACCAGUACAGCUGAGCCAUGGGGUUGAUGGUUCAUAUAGUUGUCCAGCUAGUGGCUUAGGUUCUCAACCAUUACUUGUUCCAGGUGGGACUGUAACAUCCCUACCUCCUCCACCUCCUCCAGGUGUGUUGCAUCCUUCAAAUGGAGCAACACAAUGCCUUCCACCACCUCCACCUCCCCUUCCUCCACCACUUCUUGUUGAAACUACUCAUGACCAGAGCUGCCAGAACAAGAACAAGAUUGAUACUACUGUACCAAGAGGAAAAAUGGAUAAAAAACGUAGUGUUCCCUCAGAAUGUGAUUGUCCAGGGCUUUUACCAAAUGAAGAAGUGGCUAAUAGUGGGGUUGGUUUAAAUAAGUUAGAAAGCGAUAGUGCGAGCCGUGAUGCUGAUAGCGGAGCGGAAGUUGUUCCUUUAACAUCAAUAGUCACUCCACUGCAACUGUCGACGGGGUUGGGGCCGGCCCCAGGCACAGGUUUGCAGUUUGUUCCCACUACUGUUGUACCCUCUCCUCAUCUACAAUUUGCACCCUUCCAAGUUGGCACAGGCUCUGUGCCUCUGCAAUAUGGUCACUUGUCUGCCUUGGGGAUGGGACAGGCAGUAGCCAACCAGCCAGUCACCAGUCAAGCUGCUGCAGCUGCUGCAGCAGUAGCUGCACAGCAGCUGCAAGUGGUAGGUUCCUCUGGAGUUUCAGCUAGCAGCAGUAGUAGUAACACUAAUACCAAUACAAGUGGUUCUGUUGUAACAGGAGUUCCUCAUUCUAACAAGUCUCAAGUGAAGAAAUUUUUGCUACACUCGCCACAAAUAGGAGUAAAUACAGGAGAGAGCGGAGGUCAGCAGCGGGGACCACCUUUAGGACCACUCUUGCAUACUAGUGCAGGCACACUUCCUUCAGGGCAACAGGUUUCUCAUUCUGCUUCACUCAGUCAGCCAUCCAAGAAAAGUAAGAAGCAGGUUCGGGGCAGUGUUAACAAGCAAGAGCGAGAUGGUCAUUACACACUUCCUGUCAGUGCAGAUGGUGCAAUUGUACAGGAUGUUACUACACAUCACCAGUCUGUUGCUGCAGGCCUACCUCUUGAUCAAGCAGCCCAGGGCGUGGUGUAUGCCAAUACCCACACCAUGGCCCACUUUCCUGCUAACAUUGCAGCACCAUCUGGCACCCUUCCUCUUACCAAUGGACCUGUAACCACCUUUGGCCAAGGUCUGCAAGUUGAGUCAGGCUUAAUGGUUGCUACUCCAGCAGCUCCAGCCAAAAUACUGAAUGACCAAUUACCUGAUAUGAUAACCACACCUGCUGCCCAGGUGAGUGGUGGUCAGUUGGGGGUAGGAGGAGUACCAGUGUCAGUUCCAUAUAUGGGUAGCGAUGGGAGUGUUCCAUACACUGGAUCAACGGGCAUAGGACCAGGAGGAGUAUGCCAUUAUCCAGCUGCAAUACCCUCUCAUCUGGUUGAUGUAGACAUAGAGACUGAUUCCAACCACGACACAGCCCUGACGCUGGCAUGUGCAGGUGGCCACGAAGAGUUAGUGCAGCUGUUACUUACUCGAGGCGCGAACAUAGAGCACAGAGACAAGAAAGGAUUCACCCCCUUGAUUCUAGCAGCUACAGCAGGACAUGCAAAGGUAGUGGAGACCUUGCUCAAUACAGGUGCACAUAUUGAGGCUCAGUCAGAACGCACCAAAGACACUCCUCUCUCACUUGCGUGCUCAGGAGGCAGAUACGAGGUGGUAGAAAUUCUCCUGCAGCGAGGUGCCAAUAAGGAGCACAGAAAUGUAUCAGACUACACCCCUCUUUCUCUUGCUGCAUCUGGGGGCUUUGUUAACAUUAUUAAGCUCCUCCUUGACAAUUGCGCAGAGAUCAACUCACGCACAGGAUCCAAGCUUGGCAUCUCCCCGCUCAUGCUUGCUGCCAUGAAUGGGCAUGUGGCAGCUGUGAAACUACUGCUAGAUAUGGGCUCAGACAUCAAUGCUCAAAUUGAAACCAAUCGGAACACUGCUCUUACCUUAGCUUGCUUCCAAGGUCGGCAUGAAGUUGUCUCACUCCUCCUUGACCGCAAAGCUAAUGUUGAACACCGUGCCAAGACUGGAUUAACACCUUUGAUGGAGGCUGCCAGUGGAGGGUACGUAGAGGUAGGACGUGUGCUGUUGGACAAGGGCGCAGAUGUCAAUGCUCCACCCGUACCUUCUUCUCGAGACACGGCACUUACCAUUGCUGCAGAUAAAGGCCAUUAUAAAUUUGUAGAACUACUUAUCCAACGAGGUGCUCAAGUUGAGGUAAAGAACAAAAAAGGCAAUUCCCCUUUGUGGUUGGCUGCUAAUGGUGGUCACUUAGAAGUUGUGCAACUACUUUAUAGUGCCACUGCUGACAUCGACUCAGAGGACAACAGAAAAGUCUCCUGCCUCAUGGCAGCAUUUAAAAGGGGUCAUUAUAAAGUGGUUAAGUACAUGGUACGAAAUGUUUCUCAGUUCCCAUCUGACCAGGAACUGCAGCGGUAUAUAGCCACUUUAGGAGACAAGGAGCUAAUCACAAAAUGUACCAACUGUUUGGAAGUUAUUCGGGCAGCCAAAGACAGGCAGGCCUUGGAAGCUAACAAAAAUGCAUCUAUUCUGCUGGAGGAACUUGAGCAGGAACGUUCUCGAGAAGAAUCAAAGAAAGCGGCUGCAUCCCGGCGCAGACUCAAGAAAAAGGCUAAAAAGCAAGAAAAGAAAGAGGAGAAACGGCGUUUGGAAGAAGUGAAGAGAAAUGAUGAUGGUAGUGAUAAUUAUGAGGAUGAUGAUGAUGAAAAUGGAAGUAAUGAGGACCAAGAACAUCAUGAGGAGCAAACUAAGAGAGAGAAAAAUGAAGCAAAUGCUCUUCAGAGAGUUGUGGAGCAAAUUGCUCCUGAAGAGAAGGAUGGCGAUAGUGGCAUAGAUUCAAAUAGCCAAACUAGUGCAACUUCUGAAACCAAAGUAACAGAGGAAAAUGACAAACAGGGAAAAAGAACAAAGAAAAAGAGAAAGGAAUCUUCAAUGAGAGAUUCAACCACUGCCAGUCAGAAACAAAAUGGAACCCCUUCUCCCAUCCCUAAUAGUGAAAGCAUCGAACUUAAAAAGUUGACGCCUAAUUCUAACAUUACCCAGCCACAGUUCAGUGCCUCAAAUUCCUUAAAUUCAAAGAGCAAGAAAAAGAAAGAGGAGGAGAAUAAAGCCAGUGGAAUAAUGAAUGAACUUGAUAUCUUCCGUCUAGAUAAUAUAAAACCAGUGAAUAAUAAGAAAUUGUCCCAUGAUUCCUCACGCAUCAAUGCCUUGGAUACAUUUGGUGAGGUUGAUCACUAUGUAACUCCUAUUCCUGGCCUUGUCGGUAGUGCUUCAACUACUCUAAGCGCACCGUCCCUUAGUCCUAAUGCCAAAUCUACGCCUGGGCUAGGUACAAGUCCUAAGAAAGGGACUCGACGUGAAGAGGGGUGGAAAGAAGUAAGUCGAAAAGCCAAAAAAGUCUCUGUUCCCAACAGUGCAAUAAGUAGAGUAAUUGGUCGAGGUGGCUGCAAUAUAAACACCAUUCGUGAAGUUUCUGGAGCACACAUUGAGGUGGAGAAGCAAGGUAAAAGUCAAGGUGAUAGAAUGAUUAGCAUCAAAGGCUCUACAGAAGCCACACGUCAGGCACAAAAUCUUAUUUCUGCCUUGGUUAAGGACCCUGACAAAGACCUCUCAGAACUGCUUCCCAAGUCGGUAUCCAAGGUUGCUCCUAAGCCUUCGAAAAUCAAUAUUGAUAAUUCUGUUUUACAAUCAGGUAGUAAAGCUUUACGACCUGCCAGCACUAUUGGAAUUAGUAUGGCUACUGUUACAUCAUCUACUAUCAGCAUAACUGUCGCUAAGUCUAGUACCACUACAACUACGGCAUGGUCUAAUGCUCUUUCAUCGCCAAAGCGGAUGCCAAUACAAGCUAGGUCAGUGUCAACUGUCGGUUCACUGAAUUUCUCUACUCCCAAAAGUCCAGCUGUUCGUCAAUUAUUCCCUGGAGAGAAGAAAUCUGUUCCUGCUACCUCAUCUGCGAGUAAAACAUUGAAUAAUUCCCACUCAGUAAGUGUAUCCAUGCCAAGUGAACCUCAUCAAACUUUUGCUGCAAAGCUGGCAGACUCGAAAAAUUCAACCAAAAGUUCAACACCGCCGUUGGUUGCAUCUCCUAAACCUGCUCAGUCAGGGUUAACAAAUAAUGUUAUUAAUUCUUCAGAAAAUAUUGUGGGAGAGGAUAAAAAUGUUCCAGAAACUAAUAAUAAUGGAAUGAUCAGUCAACAGUAUUCUAUCUUUAACAACCGCCUCAGCCAAGUAACACAUGAAGCCAUGUGGGGUGCCAAAGAGAAACAGGUAAAUUUUGCAUCCGUGGCUGCAGCCGGGCUUGUGCCAAAUGGUAAUAAUAAGAUGCCACCUCAGAUGCUGCAGCAGCAUCACCAGCAUUUGGGAGGUGGGCAAGUCAAUAAUUACAUGGAACCUGUUGAUCAACUCCCAAUGGCUGAUGUUACUCGUGCUCCUGGGUAUAGAGGAUCGACAUCCACUGUCACAGUCAGUAGCCAAAUGGCAUCUGUUGCCUCUGGAAGUCCACCAGGCAGUGUUCCUGUGCCUAUGCCUUUAUCUGGACCACACCAGCCUGGGGCUACCAGUAUGGCUCGGAGUGCACCUGGAACUCCUGUAGCCUCUCCAUCAGUGAGGCCUAUUGCACCUCCACCUCCCCGCCAAACUGCAACUCCUCCUAUCCCAAGAUCCUCUUUGGAAAUGGGUGCUGCAUCAUUUGCUCUACUUCCUGGUCCAUCGCGUACUCCUCCAUCCGUAUUGUCGCCAUUGGUGCGAUUGCAAUCUGCCUCACUAGGGCCUAGUGGUCCAUUACCAAAUCGUGGCCAUAUGUCACAGUCAGGUAUGAACAUGGGGCAGCAACCUUAUUCAGGUGUUUCUAUGGCCAGUUUAGCACCUGGGGGUCCUGUGUCAUCCAUUCCUCGUGUCCCCAUUCCACAACCUGACCAUUCUGACUUAGUUAACCUAGCCCCUGGCCAGCCUUAUCGUAAACCACCACCACCACUUGAAAUGACCAUGGGCUCUUUCCAUCAACAAAAGCAGCAACAGCAACAACAACAGCAGCAACAGCUACCUUCUUUGGCUCAGCUUGCAGGAAUGAUGAAUGGUCCUAGAUUUACCACACCACAAACUAAUACCCAUGCAGUAUUCACCAAUAAUAUUUUGGCACCCAUAUCAGCAGCUCCACAGAUUCAAAGCAACCUUAACCCUAAUGCACCUGAUUUUACUAGCAGAUCUGGGGCUUUUGUGCCACCACCGACUUUUCCACCUAGCUCUCAGUUAGCUGCCUUUCAGAAUGGGGCAUCAACAGUUACACAUUCUCUUGGAUCAGGAUUUGGUGGAAUUAGUCAGUUUCCAGCUGGGCUAGACACUUUGUCAUUUAAUGAUAUGAUUGGGAUUAUGCCACGUAAUCCACCACCUUUGGCAGCCAUCCCAGCUUCAGUUGGAGUCAAUGCUGCUUUCAGAAACAGUGGAGGAUCACAAGACAACUCGUCCCCUCUUGCAUCACCCCACUCAUCCAACCCAGCCUCUCCAACUCAGACUGCGUCUGCUGCCAAUACUGGAGGUUUGGCCCAAUUACCAGAAGAGCGUCAUGCAAAACUACAACCAAUUGGUACAGAGCGUGCACAGAAGAGGUCUGAACGGGGAGCUGUAGUUGGAGGACUGGGUGGUCAUGGAACUGUUAUUGCUGAUAUACAGUGGCCUAUGCCGAUACCAGAUCUGUUGGCUGGACCCCACCUUGACCAUAAUCUACCAGCCAACCCAUACUACAAUGAUUUAGAUAUGACACAGUAUGCACAACUCUGGAACUGGGACAUGAAUCCACAGAUGUAGAACUCGCCCCAACUACGAACAGCAGCAGCAGCACCAGCAGCAGAAGCAUGAUGAAUAACAGAGGAAGUUGGUAGCAGAGGCCAGAUGCACCAGUGACUGGAAGCAUUUGAAGGAGCAGCAGUGGUGGCAGCAGCAGCGGGCUGCCUCUUAUGUUGCUAGGCACCGCUUAUUUCAUCCUCGACAGAUCUGCUUGCCUCAAAAAAAAAUUAUCAAAUUAAAUGCUUUUAAUUGUAGUCCUUGUGGUUUGGGUGACAUUAAACUCAGUGAAAUUGCUUCAUUCAAGAUAAAGAAUUUCAUGGAUGGUACCUCAUAUGUACCCAUAUUUUAGGUCAAAGUGUUUUUAAAGUGCCACUUUAAAAUUGAGUGAUGUAUGAUAACUGUUAAUGUUUUCAAAGGUUUAAAGGCAACCUCAUAUGCAAUUGCUGUGGUGUCACUCGUGUUGACAUGGUUAUGAUAUUUUGUUGCUUGCCCACGUAAGGAUUAUUGGUAGUCGUAAAAUGACGCAACGUAAUGGUGGCCUCAUAAACUCUUGGUAGGAUAAUUGGUGGUGGCUGGAGUCAUCACCCCAAUGACUGAGGAGGAUGUUGUCCUAGUGUGGCUGCGCCUGCCGCCCCCCACCGGCCGGCCCCACCCCCUCCCAGGCUGCCCGGGGGCGGCGGUGUGUGCAGGCCGCUAUGUAGUGCACAAGGGCAUCUACUGCGCCUGCCCACUGAACAUGCUGCCGGCCUGGAUGGGUUCCUCGGCCCCUUUGUGGGCCCAUCCAUGCCAGCAGGUAAUGAUGACUGCUUGUAGUCAGCUUGUCACUGGUUCACCCCGCACCCGGGCUUCAUACUCACGUUUGCAGUCUUGUGUUUCCUUCAUUGUAUGCAAAGUCAAGUCACUAGAAGGCAACUUACUGUCCUGAGUUGAGCGAUCCCUCCCUCCCUCCUGUUGGGCCUUUCUUUUCCUCCCACCUCCCCUUCCCCGCUGCCCGCCCUCCCCUUUGCCAACACGCCUACUCGGUGACGAGCGGCUGCCACACCGCCGCCCGCUCCAAGGUCGUACUUGUAUAUGCAGCAGUAAUUAUAAUAAAGCUUACUAUCCACUACUACUAUGUGGAAACAUUAAAGAUUUAUCAGGCA